AUGUUUGUUAUAACUGCAGGCGACGAAAUGCACAAGCGCGGAGCUGCGAGCUUCGGUUGUGCCCUAAGACGCCCGAGAGGUCUUAGAGGGGCGGCGGAGCGACCGGCGCCACAUUGCGGAGCUGGGGGUCGACGUUGCGGGCUAAGUGGUGCCGAGGUCGCAGAAACAGCUGAGGGAAAUAGCAACUCCAGAGGGUGUGUCUUGCAACCGAGCCUCAAUUUAACUUCAUCUCUCGACUUCAUUCUUCUCUUCCCCAAAGCAGCUUCCACUCCUUCUGCUCAUGUUCCGCCGUUUGCGCGGUCCGUUCAGCGCGUUCAUCGUGAAUUUGGCCGUGGCGGACCUGACCACCUCCCUGCUGCACGGCAUGGUGGCUGCGUCGUGCUUCCAGGGCCAUUGGAUCUUCGGGACGUACGCGCGGUUCCCGUCAGCUGGUCCAGUAAAUUAGGUCCAUGGGGGCUGCUACAAGGAUCUACAGCUUUAGCUGCAACAGCUCAUAAGUGGAAAAACUGCCGGGCUCCGAUAGGGACUCUGCCCCUGCAGCGCCAGUUGCUUCACAGAGGCAGUGAGGCCAACCUCUCCCCUUCCUUCGUUCUUUGUUGGCAGCGGGUGCUAAAUCCCUUGCUGCUCUCCGUCUUGGCGAUAAAACAAAGCAAAGUUACACCAGGAGAAAUCGAGAAAUUGGAUCUAUAA